ACCUGGCUGACGGAAAGAUCUGAAAAUGCGUCUUUCUUCGUAUUUGAAAACCUGGUGAUUUUCGCUCGUUUUGAUAUGCAACAUGUUUCCGGAGACGAUUGAACAUCGCAGGAAGAUUUAUAUGUGAUAUAAAAGAUCUGGAAAGAAUUCUGGGCGCGAUAGAGAUGGAGGCCGUAUAUGAGGAAACAGAUGUGAAAGUGGCUGAGGAGGUGGAGGAGAAGAAGAAGAAGAAGAAGAGGAGGACCAAAGGCACCACAGAACAUGCAGAGAAACCCAAAAAACCCAGGUCUGCCUACCUGCUGUAUUACUUUGACGUGCAUCAGAGAUUGCAGCAAGAACAUCCUGACAUGCCCCAAUCUGAGAUCAACAAGCGCAUCAGCGACAGCUGGAAGAGGCUCAAUGUAGCCGAUAAAGGAUAUUACCUGGAGCGGGCCAAGAUGGAGAAAGAUGGUGUGGACCCAACCACACAGUCAUCAGCUUCUCAAGACAUCCCAGGCUUCCGUAGAAUUCUGCCCAGAACCGACUACGUUCUCCUCCCGAACACGUCUGUGGGGGAGGACAGGCCCGGGGCUUCCAUGGACAUGUGUAUGCAAGGUGAUUCCCCUCUGACUCUGGGUAGUGAGGUGGAACUGGUGGAGCAGUGUGUCACUGUAGAACCUCUCUCUGAAGACAUAGUCGUGCCUUUGAGUAGAUCCGCAGCGCUCCAGGGAAUCCUGCCACAGUGUUCCACCUCAACCGGAAGACUUCUGACUUUCUCACAGCAUAGUCGUCAAUCUACCAGCCUGGUGGUGAAGGAGGAUGGAGGUGGGGCUUCAGACAGGGCUUUUGGCAGAGCUUAUGACAUGGAAGCGGAGGAGGGGUUGGAGGGCGUGGCCGCGAUUUCACAGGUCAAAGCGGAGGCUACGCAUCUGGUAGCCAUCAUACCCAGUCAUGAGCUGGUUGAAAACAAAGUCCUCCCUGCAGUCAGUCCAAUAAUGAUGCUCCCCUUGGUGAACCAUGCCAAACCAGAGCCUAAACCAUCCUUUAAACUAUCCAUAAAGUACACUAGGAGGGGUCGAGGCUAUUGCAGCACUCCUGGAUGUGCUUUCACCUACGUGACUCGCCAUAAACCGCCUCGUUGCCCUGACUGCGGACAGCACCUCGGUGGAAAGUGGGUUCCAGCCGCAGCCAAAAAAGCAGGACCUACUUCCAGCUCAUCUCCACAAAAACUGAAAGGUCAGGCCGAUGGUUCCAGUUUCACCACAGUGGCCUCUAAAGUGACUAUUCAGAGCACUGUUAAGCCAUCUGACACUGUCACAGGACAAACACAGGCAUCCAAGAGCAAAAGCGACAAAACGGUGCUUCAUCCUAAAGUUUCUUCAGAAGCUGCAAAUGCUCCUGGACCCUGGAGGAGAGAAAAGAUGGGUGUAGUUACAGUUUAUCAACCAGACGGUGGCGCCUUUGACAAAAAUUCAGAAGCCUUUCAGCUGGCAGGAUCAGCAGUUGACAUUGGGUUGAGUGGUGGCCAUGUCCAGGUCAUUAGCAAAGACACGGGUCAGAAACGACGCAUUCGGGCCAUUCUCCCUGCCCCUGCCACCCCAACAGGCGUUCCGUCUCAGCCAGCUGUUGUUCAGUGGAUAGCAGUGCAUCCAAGUAAGAUUAAAGGUGACACGAAAAUCACAACUGGAACAGUUAAGCCCCAAAAUGAGAGUAUUUUGAGCCUGAAACCCAGCACACUGAAGCAGCUGGGUCACUCUGUGUCUCCCAGUUCCUUAGAGCAGAAACCUCCUGCAAUCAACAGCAGCCAGUAUGUAGUAACAGACAGUGGAGUGAAGAUCCUGUCUAUGAUGCCUUUGAAGAAAAACUCCAGCUCUUCACUGGCUCUAGGGUUGUCCACGGCACGAGGCAGGGGCAGAUGUAAAAACCCCUCCUGUGAUUACGUCUAUAAGAACAGACACAAGCCACAGUACUGCCCCAGCUGCGGCUGCGAACUCGUCACCAAAACAGCCACGAAAGCCAAAGUCCCAUCAUCUCCUGAGCCGGAAGAUAUGUCCACACACCUGUUGGACCCGUCGCAACCUUUGACCCCAGGCCAGCGAGAGCUCCAGCGUCAGUCCACUGUGACGCUGCUCAAACACAGCCUACAGUUCCCAGAGAACGAGCUCGAGCUGCAGGACAUCCUCACACACAUCCACAUCCUCAACCAAGCGCACAGGAUGAGAGAAGAAGAGGACAGUGAGAGGGAUGAAGAGAUGGAUAGCGAGAGGGAGGAGCACUGCGUUUCCCCACAGGACGGAUGGCCGAGGUUCUUUGAGCCGACGGCUACUCACUGCAGUCUGUGUCAAUAUCCACUUUACAGAGGAGAAGAGAGUUGUUCCAUAGCAGGGCAGCAGCAGUGUUAUUUAGUGACGGCGUUUCUACUGCAACCAGUGUCUCUGCAGCUGAAGGUCUGUCUGAACUCACAGUGCCUGGCUGUACACAGCUUCACCAGCAUCUACCCAGGUUUGUUUAAUGUGGGGAACCAGCUGCUGGUGAGUUUGGACUUGUUCUUUAAAAUCCGGAGUCAGAUCAAACAGGGUCAGGAACCUUCACUCGCAGCCCUCGACAUAAUCAACAACACACACAGUCCACCAGGGUGUGUAUUGAGUCCAGAUGAGCAGACCCGUGUGCAGGAGUUGUUGUGCAGUGGUUACUGGGCGUUCGAAUGUCUGACAGUGCGUGAUUUCAACGAUAUGAUCUGUGGAAUUUGUGGCAUCGCUCCUAAACUGGAAAUCGCACGACGCAAUACAAACAACGUCCUACAGCUCAAAAACGUGGAGUUCACGUGGCCGGAGUUCCAGGCAUCAGACGAGGUGCAGGUGGAGGAGUUCUGGCUGGCGAUGGAGAGCGAGGCCCUGGAGCAGGCAGUCUUUCCUUCCAAUGUCUCAAUCACACGCUUGGACGCCUCCAUCAUCGCGCCCUUCUUUCCUGCACUGAUGAGGAGCUCUAGGGUCGUUAAUACAGAGAAGGACAAGAUCACCACCAACACGGAGCACGCAGGAGACUUGUGCAUGUUAAUGCGUUUAAUCCAUGAUGGUCGGCUAAGACCAGAGCAGAUGGAGCAGCACACUGAGGAGGAGCUACUUUCCAUACUGGAGCAGUGUGGAGUAGCUUCAGCACCAAACAGCACCAAGGAUGAGUUGAUGGUGUCUGUGUGUUUGCUUUACACACAAGUACAAAACGGCCUUUCAACAGCCCCCCAACCUCCCGAACCCCUCACUGCAGGAAAACUCAGCAAGGUGUGCCCUCACCAGGUGGUGUGUGGCUCUAAGUACCUGGUGCGUGGAGAGACUGCCCGCGAUCACGUGGACCUGCUGGUGUCCUCUCGGUUCUGGCCACCUGUGUACGUAGCAGACUGUGCGCAGAAGGUGGCACUGUGUGCGGAAGCACUCUACCCCGAGCUGGCGUCACAGAUGUGGGGAAGGAACCAGGGCUGCUUUUCGGAUCCCAUGACUUCUGCAGAGUACGUCUCCUGUCCUGAGCUUCAGGACCAGCAGUACAGCAUGGAUCUCUCAUCAGUGGACUCCAACUCCCGUGUUCAUCCUCAUACCAAAUCCACCCUGCGCUAUAUAGUGCAUCCUGGUGAUCCUUCCCUCUCCUCCUCUUCCUCCUCCUCCUCCUCCUCCUCCUCCUCCUCUUCUUCCUCCUCAGACCCCCACCGUUCCCUGACUCUUUGUAAGGAGCUGCAGCCUUACUCCAGUCUGGUUUCGUCCAUAAGCAGUGAUUUAGAAGAGAACGUGAGCGAGUCUGGGGGAAAAGGAAAGCAAAGAACGCUCGUGUUCAACAAUGCAGCGCAUUACUACCUCUACAACCGGCUAGCGGACUUCCUGAGCAGCCGAGACAUAGUGAGCCAGCAGAUGGCUGAUGUGCUUAGGGUGUGCCAGCAGGGCGAGGUGGUGAUGAUCCGCGAUGCCCUCUACAGGCUCGGAGUGGCGCAGCUCAACAGAGAGGAUGAGGAGGGGGAGCGCAUGGGAGAGGAAGACGACACAGAGGGAGAUGCAGACGUUAUAGCUGUAGACGAUGUGGUGCUAGAAUGACGGUGGUGGAGAAGAUCGUACUCAAACACUGUGAGAUUUUAAAUCUAUAAGAGGACACUGCGCAGGGUGCAUAUAAUAGCUUAUAAUAUAAAAUGAUAGUAUUUAUUGCUAAUUAUGUGUGUUAAUGAAUAAACUGUGGUC